GACUAGAGAAAGAGAAAGAUUAGUUGUCUCCAGAGUGCAAAAUGGCAAACAACGGGAAAAUUGCGCUUCCCUGCUUGCUUUCAAUUUUGAACAGGUUCAAUGGACCGCAUGAUGAUGUCGCGGAUCUGUUCAAGCAAGUAGCGGACAUAGAAAAUGUUCCAUCGGAGCAUAGGUUUAUCCACGGCUUUUGCAAAAUAAUGGAAAUUCCCCCUCUUUUGAUUGGGGAUGUGGUCGAUGGUAAACUCCAGGGAAUCUCUAUGGCGGUGAAAAUGAUGGGGAUGCAUGAAAUGCCUUACGAAACUCUGAUCACCGAGCUUCGCCAAAUGGACAUCAACUCGCAUGUCGCACAGAUUUACAUGCACGCUCUUGGGGAAAAGAGUUUGAACGAUGGAAAUCACGUGCCGGAGAACAUCAUCCAGGACUUUGCCCUCAUACUCUGGAUUUCAAAGAAAUACUUCACAGACAGAAAAAUUGCUGAGCAGGAAUACAAGGCGAUAAGUCCACUUUUCCCAUUUGUUGAAUUGUUGGAAGCAAACGACGCCGCCACUACAUGAAGAGCAAAUUGCUUUUUCACCUGGAAAAGAGCAGUCAGGAUCGAUCUGCUCAACUGUGAUCCCCUGGCCACUUCACAACUCUCGGUUGCAAAAAUAAGAUUCUGGAUUUUACUUUGAAAAUGUAAUUUCAGGUUUAGCUGCAAAAUUUAGUGAAAUAAAAACUCAUAAAAAUAACUAA